AUUGGACUACCGAGAACAAGGAUGUGCAGGGCGAAAACGCCGCGUUGGGUUUCACCACUUUGGUGCAUAACGGUCUGUGGGAGCCAAACUUGAUUGUGAAUAUAUACUUUCCCAUUAAAGUGGGCAAGAUUCUGACUGUAUCUUCAAGUAUCUGUGCUUUAACGAAUAUAUAAAGUUAUAUUCUUAUAUCUUUAUAUAGCUGUAGAAUAUAUAUUGUUUAACUGUGGUUAUUUUCUCACCAUUCCAAUCGAUAUUUGAUCACCUGUUGCCAAGCAAUUACAGCGAUAUAACCCUAGCAAAAAAAGAGUACAAAAAAGUAAAAACAUAAAAGAAAGAAAAGCGAAAGAGAGACACGAAAUAUUUGGAAAUUAGUACUGGUGUCAUUAGUAGUUGUAAUAGUAAUAGUUCUAGUAGUAGUAGUAGUAGUAGUAGUAGUAGGUGCCGUCAUACUAUUGCUUGUUUUUUUCCCAUCAACUUCAAAGAUAGGAAAUCUUUGCCAAAAAGAACUCCAACAAAUGGCAACAAAAACGGAUUAUUGGGUGGCUGAAAGCAUAAAGGAUGUCCCGUUUGCAGAUCGAUACGAAAUGGGAGAUGAACUUGGAAGAGGUGCCAGUGCUGUUGUAUAUGCCUGUCGGAAUAAAAAAGAUAACACCCAAUGGGCAGUGAAAAAGAUUGCCAAAAGGCCUCACAGUCGAGUGGUCACUGUUGAAAUCAAAGUGUUAUUAGGACUCAGUCAUCCAAAUGUUGUUCGAAUGAAAGAAGUAUUUGAGACUCCAACUAGUUUGCAUUUGAUUCUUGAAUAUGCUAUUGGUGGUGAGCUUUUCGACAGAAUUGUUGAAAGGGGUUCCUAUUCAGAAAAAGAUGCUGCAAACGUGUUUCGACAAAUGCUCACUGGCAUUGAGUAUCUCCACCAAAACAGUAUCAUUCACAGAGACUUAAAGCCUGAGAAUUUACUUUACUGCACAAAAGAUGAAAAUUCUAUCCUUAAGAUUGCUGAUUUUGGUUUAUCAAAGAUCAUGACGACAAGCACUCUGAGUAUGUCAAUGUGUGGUACACCCAGCUACUGUGCUCCUGAAGUCCUCCAAGGUUCCAUGUACGGUUUUCCUGCAGACAUAUGGAGCGCUGGCGUUAUCUUGUUUAUUUUACUCGUUGGUUAUGAGCCAUUUUUUGCAUCAAAUGAUCACAAAAUAUACAAGAGAAUCAUUCGAAUUGACUGGAAAUUUGAAUCUCCAUGGUGGGAUGACAUUAGUAGCAACAGUAAAGAUUUGAUUUCUAAAAUAUUGAUCCGUGAUGCUAACAAGCGUCCGAAUCCAACAGAAGCCCUUCAGCAUCCCUGGGUAACAGGAGAAGCAGCCAAGGAUGAGAACAUGGUGAAAACGAAGCAAAGAUUGAUAUCUUUUAAUGGACGAAGAAAGUUAAAGGCUGCUGCAAAGGCUGUGAUCAUGACAAACAGAGUUAUGAAGUUUGCAGGCAGAACCACCAGCUAAAUUUGCCAGUCAAUGUCAAAGAAA